AGUGAAAAUCAUGUCCAAACUCAGAAAACAUAAACACUCACUCAACUCAGUGCUGUUCAGAAACUGAGUUGCGAGUCUACUUUUUGCUAGCAGCUCGAGGCAAGGUGACCUAUCAGGUAUGAAUACACACACACACACACACCUGCAAUUUUAUACCUGACCUGGCCAGGCUGUCUGCAGGCUGUAAUAAGCAGCAGAGUGGAACCCUGACUCCGUUUUCUUCGACCUCACCUUCAAGCCCUGACACACAACAACACCAAAUCUUUUCUUACCAUAUGACAAGUGCCUCACUUUCAGGAUUACACACAUAAGACCUUCAUUAACCAGCAGUGGUUUGCAGCAAUGGCAGAAGGGAAACCGUAUCGAUACGGGCUGAUAGCGGCAGGGUUGUGUGUGGCGGCAGUCGGCCUCUUCAUCAUGAUUCAGGAGCGACCGCACGUCUAUGCCACAAUGUGCGUUCUGGGCGUCACCAUGGUGUGUGUCGGGACUGUGUGGAGCCUGUGCCAGUGCUAUCCCAAGGUCAUUUUGGCUGCUCAGAUUCAGGAGAAAAGUCUAGAGGAUCCAGUGUGUACUUCCGCUGAAGCCAAAGAUGAAAGGAAAAUGAAUGGUGAUGUAAUGGCCGCAGAGCAGCGGCGGGAGGUAAAUGAGAGUGCUGAGGAAGGGAGCAGUAGAGUGAUAGUUGCCUGAAUGUUCUCACUGAAAAGGGCAGAUUACUUGGAAACACAUGGGCGGAGGUGGCGAAUACAUAAUGCCCCCCCCCCCCUAACAAGAGCCAUUAAUGUUCCUUUGAUUAAAGCACUUGAGCCUCAAUUAGUGCAGUGGCCAGCAAUUGAGGAAAAGAGGAUGGGCCACGCAGUUCCUGCAUGUGAGUGUAUGUAAUUGCAUGAAUGUUCAGCAGCCAGAUAUAGAAGUCCAUACUCAGCAAAACCCUGCCUCAGAUAAAAAAAAAAGAGGUAAGAAAAUUAGGACAGAGUACUGGAACUAGUCCUCUAUUUAUGUCUCUCCCCCUACUUCCCCUUCUUUUGAUUCAA